GAGGGAAAACGUUACUGCUACACUGCGCGCGUGGGUGGCAGCUGCAGUUGCUGGUCCAGGAAAAUUUCCCGCGACUGACAGGGAGAAGGCCGCAUAAAUCACUCUGGAUCAAACAAUCCCCACCUCCUCCUUUGCAUCACGCGCAUAUCCGUAUGGAAUCUAAUGCUAGGGAGCGAGGAGCGCUCAAGAUGGAGUCGCGAGAUCAUACGAUGGGUGCCCAGCGGUUGGAGAUGCCCUGCCUCUCAUCAGUUUGCUCACCCCCCUCCCCCUUUAUUUCCACGUGGAUAUCUCGUGAGGGGGUUCUGCAACUUCUUCUCCCGUUUCUGCCGCCAAUCCGGAUGCGGGGUGGCUUCCGUCAUUCUGCAGCCACACGUGUGUUGGGAAGGCUUAUCUCGAACGGUUGGUUUCUUCUUGCCGUUGUUUGUUCGUUGGGGGUCUACCCUGAGAGCCUGGCGAGCUCCCGCAUUUUCUGUCCACGACGCUACGGAGACAGACAACUUUAGUAUCGAGCAAGCGCGUGACUUGAUGCGGGUUGAAAUAAGCCAGGCCGGCAUCUCGGUUCGUGGCUCAGGGGAGGAAACGUUUACUGCCACUUUCGACAUGGCUAGUCUCGAUAGCGCCAAUACCAAGGUCAUCUAUACGGAUAUCUCUGCAAGAGUCAUGGUGCGGUAAACUUUGCGCGCAAGCCCUUGCACACUCAAGAGUCAAAGAGCUUUCCGGUGCCGUUCACCCAUCGGGCGUCAAACCAGUUCGUCUUAUCGACC